AUGCGCUCAAAACGUGGGAAAAAAUUCCAGCAGACGCCUUUCAACCUCUUCGGCCUUCCUGUGGAGCUCCAGAUUAUAAUCUUCAAGUUCACUCUCCAGGAUCCGACCCUCUGGGAUCGCCAUCAUCGGGAUGGAUGCAAUCUCCGUCCCACCGAAGAGGGUGUCAUUGAGCAUCCGCCUUGGAUCUGGCAUCGCCCCAUUAUCGGUGCUGUACGAUCCGAACACACCAAAAAGACAGGUACUGCUUUAUGCUCGUAUCCCGUAUCCUAUACUCUCGUCAACACAUGGAAGUUCUGCAACUGCGCCAAGCGUUCUGGCAUCAGCCUCUUGCGCACAAACUGUUAUGCGUUCAGCGUCGCCGCGCCGUUGUUCUGGUCGAAAGCCAGGUUCUGCUUCUUCGAUGCCGCCGAGUUUGCUGCCUGCGUGGCAGCCACAUCGUCCCGUACGCGUGCUCUGAUUCGCGACGUGAGCAUUGUUUCGAGUGAGUCUUGGCGUAUGCGCGACAUGCGAGUGUGCAUACAAAAUAUGGGAGCCAGCAUGGAUGGUCGUGCAGACAAAAGCUUCUACUUGUACUCCAAGCUUGUCUUCCGGAACGCCUUGAAGCAUCUGCCAGGGUUGGAGCACCUAGCCGUCCCGUCCGAUUUCGUCUACUUUUUCACUCGCACGAACCAGUUGGGAGAGUACGAAAUAACCGAUACUCUCAUGGACCUUCUGCAGCUGAGGUUUCUCGAAUUAACGCAGAUGAGACUUUUUGGCGGAUCUUCGAAUCUACGGCAGUACAUGCUCGAUGAUAGAGUCGAUUUCUGGGCCGCACUCUACCGCAACAGGGGGUGGGCUUCUUUCGUUGCCUAUUCGCGGCGCUUUGACGUACGAGGAUCAGUGGCUGCAAUGCACAUGAUGUUGCGUCCCCUGUAUUCAGAUUAUGGGAUCGUAGAUAUGAUCUAUUUGGACCUUUUGACGGUUGGCCUAAGGUGCUGGGAGACGACAGCCUCCGGCUCGCACCGCAUGCCGACCUCGUCGGCGGCUGCAAAACUAUGGCCGUCCAGCUCUCGAAUAACAUGA